AUGGCGUGCGGCCAAUUCAAGUAUCGGAUACGAAGCCUCGUAAACGCUAUUCGCGGCAGGGGGGUCAUCGUAGACUGCAUUCGUCUUUCGGUGCGUUGUCAGACCUCGCGUAUCCGCAAAAUGCGCAAGUGGAUUUUAUGCGCUUUGGCAGUCGUCGCCCUCAUUGCCUGCUUCGAGCUGGCUGAAGCCAAGCCCGCGGCGACAAUGGUCAAGGCGCCUCACGACCUCCAGGUCGGAGAAGGAGGAGGUGACACGGAAGUUGACAGCAGAUCCAAAAAACACCGCGGCAAGAAGGGCGGCAAACGCAACCCUAACCGAGGCAAAUUGAAGCCGCGUAGCCAAAAGCCGAAGAGGCGGCGUUUCAAGAAACCCCGCUCUGUUGAAGACGAUCGGAAACGCGGCAAGAAAUGCGCAGGCGGUAAACGCGGCAAAAACUGCAAGCGGCAGUAG